AUGCAACCCUUCAACACAGCCUGCAAGAAUUGCCGCGUCGCCAAAACGAAAUGUCUCCGUAUAGACGAGAAUGAUGAUGGGAAGUGUCGACGGUGUCGAGGGGCUGGGUGGGAGUGUUCAUUGAUGCCCCGGGCGGCGAGGAAGAGGCGGAAGAGGAUGGAUGCGAGGGUUGAGGUUUUGGAAGGGCAGUUGAGGGAAAUUGAGCAGUUGAUGGGGAGGGCGAAGGGGAGAGGGUUGGAGAUGGGGAAGGAGAGAAAUGAGGCUACGAUGGGGAAGGAGGUACCUCCUGCGGUGGUGUUGCCUUUGACGCCGGAUUCUGCGGGUGUGGAUGAAGGGUCGAGGACGAUGGCUUUCUCUGCCGCUUCCUUUGGGAGUGAGUCUGCCGUGGUCGACGAGCGGGCGAUGGAGAUGGAUGUGCUGCGAGAGGAGACGACGUCGACCUUGCCUGGUAUCGUCCCUGAUAUUCUCACGUUCGACACCGCGAAGCGGCUAUUCGAAAGGUUUAGGAACGAAACAGUCGCUCAAUUUCCCCUCCUCCAACUCCCACCCAACACCGCCUUCUCAGACCUGGCAACCCACAAGCCAACCCUGCUCCUCGCCAUCGUCACCGCGGCAAGCAUGUCUACCACUGGCUCCCUCUUCAAAACCCUCCACACCGAACUCACGACCCGUCUGGCGAUGAAAGUUAUCGUCAACGGGGAGAGGAGUCUCGAGCUCGUGCAGGCGGUGCUGACUAUGGAGGUGUGGUAUUGCUUUCCGGAGGAGUUGGAGGACAGGGAGAGUGGAGUGAAUUUCUAUCAAUGGAUUCAUAUUGCUGCGACGAUGGCUUUGCAGUUGGGGCUUGGUGGGAGGUGGGACGAGAGGGAUAGGCGGAAGGGAAUGGAAGAGGCAAGGAUUGCAUUGGCGGUUUGGGCGAGUUGUUCUUCGUGA